AUGGAGGACCCAGAACACGGCUGUAGCAGGAUUAGAUCUUUUGCGGAUACUGACCCAGUGAAAGUCUCCAGGCUCCAUAUCUUCGAAUCAGAGGUGUCGUUGAGCCCUCAGCCGCAAUCGUACAAGCCCCGCAUCUGGAUUGAACUCAGCGAAGUUGAGCUUCACACCCGCCUGCCAGAUCUAUUCGGCCUCAGCUUUUUCCGGCUGGGUUGGUCGGUCGUGACAGCUCCUCUCCGCGCGAGAGGCAUGUUGAGAGAACUCCGCUCGAGCCGUGGCGAUGCAUGCCUGCUGCCAAUCACAUCCCAUCUCAGACAAACUCAGACAUCACAUCCUCCUUCCCUUGUUCACACGCCAGGCCAGCAACCGCAUCCCUAUUAUUCACCCAUCUACAAAGCAUUCGCCCUUCAUAACCCACUGACCAGCUCUGGUAUUGCUGGUAACGAACGAACAUUGCCUGCCCCAGAGCACUGCGACCGCAUCGCCCUCCUUCAUACCCCGUGGUCCAAGUCCGAAUCGUCCCUGCUCCGUGACAAAAGGCUGCCGAUAGGUGAUGAAGCGCCAUAUCGUCUCUUUCCAUUCGAACCCUUAAGCCCUAAACGUUCGGUGGGAACACCAGAUGUGUCAAGACCGCAAUCUCUUAUAUGCCUUGAGAAGUUCGCUAUACAGUCUUCUUUUUGGUGCGGAGAGAGAAGUUGUCCUUCCCUGGUUCGACCAGCUGUCAAUGUUGCAGCGAGUGCGCGCGCAGAGAUACCGGCGACUAUGUACCAUUGCAUCAGCGAGAUUAUGGACGUGCACGAAGGCCAUGCUGCAUCCAGUUCCACGAAUUGUAUCUAG